UUAAUUCGUUUGAGUUGAUUGAAGAUGUUUGAAAUCGGCUAAAUAUCGAACAAGAGUUCUUGAAAGAAGAUUCGAGUUGCUAAAAGUUUUGCAUAUAGCGCCCUCUCUGGUUUAUUUAUAAAAAAAUAGACUUCACUUUCAUUUUUCACUGAUAUGAGAUCUUAGACAAAACACUAUUUUUGACUCCUAUGUCAGGAUUAAGCUCUGGAUACCAAAUAAAUAUAUACAUUUUAUUGAAUAGAAUAUUUUUGCACAUUGAUAAUUCGAAAAUCACAAAAAACCCAAAAAUGAUUGAGGUUUGUUUUCAGCCUCAAAAUACUCAGAAAGUGGAGGUAACGUCAAAACAUGCGCUCCCUCAGCGCGUCUCUGGAAUCCUAUAAUCGAUUGAGUAUGCGCAGAAUGAUGGCGACGGCGGGAAAUGUCUGACGAAAGUGGAACUUUCUUUUAUCACUCGCCGAAUCAUCAAGAAGAUGAUAGGAUUCGGCGAAUGGUAAAAUUUGAUGAAUUAGUAACUCUUAAUGUUGGAGGUCAGAAAUUUGUGAUAGGAAAAGAUGUUUUAAAAAAAGUGCCAAAUACCAGAUUAUCUGCCAUUUGUGAAACUGAUGGAAAUUACAACAUUGAAAAGAAGGAGUAUUACUUCGAUAGAAAUCCAGAUUUAUUCAACUGCAUAUUGGAUUAUUAUCGAACGGAUGAAUUACAUUUCCCUCACAAUUAUUGUGGUCCGACGAUAUAUAAGGAACUAGUCUAUUGGCAAAUAGAAGAGGGAGAGAUAUCUUCAUGCUGUUGGAAUAGAUAUAGAGAAUUCGAGCAAGAAAAAAAAAUUUUCGCUCAAAUAGAAAGAGCUUUUGAGUCAAAGACACAGCCAGCAGAAGUAUCCGCAGUCAUUAAUUCGCAGUGGGGCAUCGAAACUUGGAGAAGACGUCUAUGGAUAUUUCUUGAGGAACCUAUGAGCUCUCGGGCAGCAAAAAUUUGGACAACAAUCUUCUUUAGUUUCGUCCUUUUCAGUAUCGCAAUUUUAUGUGUGGAAACGCAUCCAAUAGCUAGAGUUCCAAAAGAAUUUAAUGAAACAAAUAGAACGAGGGUUUCAAAAAAAUCGGUUGCAGUAAAUAAUCCUAAAUUGCAGCUACUAUUUACAACUAAUCCUCAUCCUGUUCUCAACUUUUUCGACAAGUUUUGUGCUUGGUUUUUUACAGUUGAAUUGAUUGUCAGAUUUUUUGUUGCUCCGAAUCACAUUAAAUUCUUUAUGUCUGCCAUGAACAUAAUCGACGUUUUAUGUGUUCUUCCUAUGUGGAUUAACAAUAUUCUUAAUAUUUUCGAGAUCAAUCUUAUCAAAGAGGAGGAUAUGUCGUUAUUGCCUGUAUUCUUUUUACUAAUGACCUUAAGAGUGUUACGAAUAUGUAGAAUACUUCGCUUAGCUCGUCAUUACACUGGAGUAAAAAUUCUGUUAUUAGCACUCAAAGCUUCAAUGGCAGAGUUAGCAAUGUUGCUCAUAUUUGUUUUCAUAGUCGUUAUGGUCUUUUCUGUGGUAAUCUAUUAUGCCGAAUUUUUUAGACCAGACACUUUUGGUUCUAUAUUUGAGGGAUACUGGUGGGCAAUUAUCACUUUGACUACUGUCGGCUAUGGUGAUAUGUACCCAAAGAGCGCUGUUGGCUACAUAAUAGGGGCUCUUUGUGCCCUGACAGGAAUCUUAGCUACUGGCUUACCGGUUCCAAUUAUUGCAAAUAAUUUUAAUUUGUACUAUUCGCAUGCACAGUUGCAAAAUGCCGUUGUACAGCGUAAGAAUAGAAAGCGAACAAAGGAAAUGAUAGCUAAUAUAGACUCUGAAAACGAUGAACCCUUCGACGAAGAGACCCUUUGACAUACUUAUGAAAUGGAUAAGAUAUUCCAUAGAAUAUUAGGAUUUGUAGGUUUAAAGAAAUUUCUUCAAUUUUCAUAAAUUUCUACUUUUACUUUUGAGAAUAACAACUUACUUUCUCACUAUGCAAAGAUUAGAAUUCGAAAAGGCGCACAUUUACACGCAAAAAUAUUUAAGGAAAAUUGUAGUGUUUAUAAAUAAUUGAAAGAAAACGAAUAUUAGUGGUGUCACAAGAGAGAAGAAACGUCGAGUAAAACAGAUGAAUAUUGACCAGUUCCACAGUUAUAUUCACUUAUAGAAAUGCAAUAAUUUUUACUGUUCUUUUAUUUAAAGAAGCGUGUAACGAGCGCCUUUCUUCAAAAUCUAAUUGAUGUUCGUGCUGAGACUUGGAACUGAUCAGUUAAUUGCCAUUGGGAUCGAAACUUCCGUUUGUAGAAAUUCUUUCUAAAUUCAUUCAGUUAUGUUUGUUUAAAAAAAAUACUGACCCAAAUCUAUCUCAUGUUUUUGCUUACGUCUUUUUACUGCUUAGUAUUUUAUUUUUUUGCAAGUAUAAGCGGACUAUUAAUCAUUUUUCAUAUGUACUCUUUCAAAUUUUUUAUUUUCGUUAAUUUUUUUAGUUAAAUUUCUUGAAAUAGGAGCAAAACAUGCAGCAAUGCAAGACAACUAUUUUAAUUAUCUUACAGCUUUCUACUAUUAAUGCAAAAUAGAAUCGUAUAUUAAAUGAAGGAAACUUAAUCUAUCUCUUGAUGUACUCCUCUAUUAAGGCAGUUUCAUGAUUAUUUUGAAUUUUAAAAAUUUCUGCUAAUACAUAUUUUGUAAAUCAAUUUAUUCGACUUUAAAUUCUCUUAAAUAGAAGAUAUCUGCUCAACUUAGAACGAUGUUAUUUAAUAAACAAACUUUCAUUUCUCUAAUUACUUAAUGGUAUGAUGAAGUCGACCACUAGGGAAAUGUAAUUUUCUCUAGAUGUCACUAGGAACAUUUUGUCGUGACUU